UGUAGCCACAAGUCCAACAGACGACGUUUACAGUCUCAAGUAAGCUUCAUUUCCCUUAAUUUGUGCUUUGAUUCUGUUGCAACAUGGAUAACGAACAAGAAAUUAUCAUGGUUAGCCAUUUACCCACCUUUUUAACAGACGAACUCAUAAUUGAGUUCCUAAGCUAUUACCAACCAUCAAAGAUUGUUUUAGGACAAGGGAGACAUAAAGGCAAAGCAACAGCUUACUUUGAUCAACAUGAGAAAGCUAGCUUUAUGUUUCAGAGCCUCAAUCAGCGUAUGCUAUUAGGUAAAAAGCUAUCAGCUAAAAAAGUGACAGAAGGAAAGUUGAGCAAAUACAAAUAUUCGUAUCCACCUGCCAAUGAAAACACUAUCCAAAAUAUUGCGAAAGAGUUGAGAAAUAAUCCUUCUUUUUAUGUGAGCGUUCUCCAUGUUAUGAAUAAGCUAAAACUCAUUCCUCCCUUCGCACCCGCAAAUGAUACUGUUUGUAGUAAGGAAUCGGGCGAUGAUGUUCUCCUUUCAGAAGAUGUAGAUAAGUCAACUGAAGACGAGGAUCAAGUGCCGGAAAAUGGAGAAAAUCGUUCGGUACAUAAGCGGACCAAACUCGAUGAAGCGUCAUAUCCAAAUGUCCACCAUGAAUCUGUAAUAAUCGACCACAAGGAACUGUUCCACAAGAAACCCAUUCAGUCGCUUAAGAUUAUCAUGCCGUCAACUUUGACAGAUAUGAGGCCUAUAUCUACAAAUCACCUAAAGCAGGAAAAAUCAGAAAUUCUUUGUUCUAGUGGUGCUGUUCAAGUACCUCAACCUAUCAAGCAUCACACUCUAUCGCUAGAGGAAAUCAGGGCUAACAAGCUUACGAUAGAUGGUACAUUGAAAAAUCAAUACUCGUCUCUGAUACUAUUUUUAUUUGUACUAUAUAUAUAUAUAUAUAUAUUGCAAACCACUUACUAUUGUUUGAAGAGAUAA